AUGGUCCAGGAGCGUGCCUGGAGCGUGGACGUGGACGUGGACGUGGACGUGGACGUGGACGUGGACGUGGACAUGGUCGUGGACGUGGACCUGGACGUGGACGUGGACAUGGACGUGGACAUGGUCGUGGACGUGGACGUGGACGUGGACGUGGACGUGGACAUGGACGUGGACGUGGACGUGGACAUGGUCGUGGACGUGGACGUGGACGUCGACGUGGACGUGGACGUGGACAUGGACGUGGACAUGGACGUGGACGUGGACAUGGACGUGGACGUGGACGUGGACAUGGUCGUGGACGUGGUCGUGGACGUGGACAUGGACGUAGAUAUGGUCUUGGACGUGGACGUGGACGUGGACGUGGACGUGGACAUGGACGUGGACGUGGACGUGGACGUGGACAUGGACAUGGACGUGGACGUGGACGUGGACAUGGUUGUGGACGUGGACGUGGACGUGGUCGUGGUCGUGGUCGUGGACCUGGACGUGGACGUGGACGUGGACGUGGACGUGGAUGUGGACGUGCACGUAGACGUGGUCAUGGACGUGGACGUGGACGUGGACGUAGACGUGGACGUAGACGUGGACGUGGACGUGGACAUGGACGUGGACAUGGAAGUGGACGUGGACGUGGACGUGGACAUGGACGUGGACAUGGACAUGGACGUGGACGUGGACGUGGACGUGGUCGUGGACGUGGACGUGGACGUGGACAUGGACGUGGACGUGGACGUGGACGUGGACGUGGACAUGGACAUGGACGUGGACGUGGACGUGGACAUGGACGUGGACAUGGACGUGGACGUGCACGUGGACGUGGACGUGGACGUGGACAUGGACGUGGACAUGGAAGUGGACGUGGACAUGGACGUGGACGUGGACGUGGACAUGGACGUGGACGUGGACCUGGACUGGACAUGGACGUGGACGUGGACGUGGACGUGGACGUGCACGUCGACGUGGACGUGGUCGUGGACAUGGACAUGGACGUGGAUGUGGACGUGGACGUGGACCUGGACAUGGACGUGGACAUGGACGUGGACGUGGACGUGGACGUGGUCGUGGACGUGGACAUGGACGUGGACAUGGACGUGGACCUGGACGUGGACGUGGACGUGGACGUGGACAUGGACGUGGACAUGGACGUGGACAUGGACGUGGACGUGGACGUGGUUGUGGACGUGGACGUGGACAUGGACGUGGACGUGGACAUGGACGUCGACGUGGACGUGGACGUAG